UUAAGUGUUUUUUUAAAUAAUUUAUAGAAAUUAAGUGAAAAUGACUACAACAAAUGCAACAGAUGAUACAGGGGCGGAGGCUCUAACCUAUAAAGAUAAAGGCAAUCAAGCUUUUAAGGAGGGUAAAUGGCAAGAGGCCAUUAAUUUGUAUACAAUGGCUAUUAAAACAGGCGAUAAACACAAGGAAUUACCAGUAUUUUAUAAAAAUCGUGCUGCUGCUUAUUUGAAAUUGGAUGAUUUUACAGCAGCCUUGAGUGAUUGCAAUGAAUCCUUAAAACUGGCAGCUAAAGAUCCCAAGGCCUUGUUUCGCAGAGCUCAGGCAUAUGAAGGGCUACAGAAAUAUGAAGAAUCUUAUAGAGAUGCUACAGAUUUGUUUAAGGAAGAUCCCACCAAUCAGGCGGUGCAGCCCAUGCUAAAUCGUCUGCAUAUGAUUGUGCAGGAAAGAGCUGCCAAAAAUGCCCAGACUUCUACAAAAGUUAAACAAAUGAUGGAUUUAUGUUUCAAUAUUGCCACUCCCAUCGAAAAAAGACGUUCGGCCUCCAAUAACUUAUUGGUAUUGGCCAAAGAGGAAGUGGGAGCAGAUCUGUUGUUUAAAUCAGGUUGCAUUGCCAAAAUUGCAUCCAUUACUAAAAUUGAAAAGGAUAACGAAAUCUAUUUGAACCUGGUAAGAGUGGUGGCUGAACUGUGCAAACAUUCUGUGACACGUACUAAGGCUGUGCUCACCGAAUUGGGGGUGCCAUGGUUUAUGCAUGUUUUGGAUCACAAACACGAGGAACGUGUCACUGCCGCCCAACAUUGUUUGCAAACUAUUAUCAAUGCUCUUUCAGGCAUGGAAAAUAAAGCCGACAGCAAACCAAAUAAGGAUUUGUGUAAAGAAAAUUUCAAGGAAAUUGAUACUCUAUUGUCGUGUCUGCUGUACAGUGUAACUGAUCGUACUAUCUCGGGUCCGGCUCGUGACGCUGUCAUUGAAUUGUUAACUAGAAAUGUUCAUUACACCGCUCUCGAAUGGGCUGAACGUUUGGUGGAACUUCGUGGUCUUUGUCGUCUGCUGGACGUUUGUUCCGAACUGGAGGAAUAUAAAUACGAAAGUGCCAUGGAGAUUACUCCAUCUUCUCGUACGAUUGCUUCGGUGUGCUUGGCUCGUGUUUACGAGAACAUGUACUAUGAUCAGCUGAAGGAACGUUUCCAGGAACAAAUCGAUGAGUUUAUUAAGGAUAAAUUGUUGUCUCCCGAUUUGGAGUCUAAAGUUAGAGUAACGGUGGCCAUAACAUCGUUGUUGUUGGGACCUCUGGAUGUGGGCAAUCAAAUUAUAGCCAGAGAUGGUAUUUUACAAAUGAUUUUAGCCAUGGCUACCACUGAUGAUGUGCUGCAACAAAAAGUAGCUUGUGAAUGCAUUUAUGCUGCCGCCUCGAAGAAAGAUAAAGCUAAAGCUUUGUGUGCCGGCGGCGUUGAUAUUCUCAAGAAGCUCUAUCAUUCAAAGGAUGAUGGUAUACGUGUGCGUGCUUUGGUGGGUCUAUGCAAACUGGGUAGUUAUGGUGGUCAAGAUGCAGCGAUAAGACCAUUUGCUGAUGGUGCCACUUUAAAAUUAGCCGAAGCCUGUCGCCGUUUCUUAAUUAAGCCAGGCAAAGAUAAAGACAUACGCAAAUGGGCAGCCGAUGGUUUGGCAUAUCUGACAUUGGAUGCUGAAGUGAAAGAGAAAUUAAUUGAAGAUAAACCAGCAAUACAUGCUCUCAUUGAUUUGGCGCGCACCGGUGAUCAAUCAUGUCUGUAUGGUGUAGUAACAACAUUUGUUAAUUUAUGCAAUGCUUACGAAAAACAAGAGAUAGUACCCGAAAUGGUGGAAUUGGCUAAGUUUGCCAAGGUGCAUAUACCCGAAGAACAUGAAUUGGAUGAUCCUGAUUUUGUAAACAAACGUAUAGGUAUAAUGGUUAAUGAGGGCAUCACAACAGCCUUGGUGGCUUUGUCAAAAACUGAAAGUGAUAAUUCGAAGGAAUUAAUAGCCAGAGUCUUAAAUGCUGUCUGCAGUAUGCAAGAGAUGAGGGGCAAGGUGGUACAAGAUGGUGGUGUUAAAUGUCUGUUGAAAUUGGCUUUGGAAGGCACCGUGAAGGGUAAAAGACAUGCCUGUCAGGCUUUGGCUCGCAUUGGCAUUACCAUUAAUCCCGAGGUGGCCUUUGCUGGGCAAAGAAGUCUAGAUGUUAUAAGACCCCUGCUCAAUUUAUUGGAUCAAGAUUGCACCGCUUUGGAAAACUUUGAAUCCCUUAUGGCCUUAACAAAUCUGGCAGCCAUGAAUGAAAAUGUACGCCAGCGCAUUAUCAAAGAGCAGGGUGUUUCCAAAAUAGAAUUCUAUCUUAUGGAAGACCAUCUACUUUUAACCCGUGCCUCGGCCCAGUGUUUGUGUAAUAUGAUCAUGUCCGAGGAUGUGAUUAAAAUGUUUGAGGGUGAUAAUGAUCGUGUUAAAUUCAUGGCUCUUUUGUGCGAAGAAGAAGAUGAGGAUACGGCUAAAGCCUGUGCUGGUGCGUUGGCUAUGCUGACUUCGGUGUCGAAAAAAUGUUGCGGCAAAAUAUUUGAUGUACAAUCUUGGCUAGAAAUUUUACAUGUGCUCAUAGCCAAUCCCAGUCCUGAGGUGCAACAUCGCGGUGUGGUCGUAAUAUUGAAUUUAAUAAAUUCUGCUGAAGAAUACGCCCAACGUUUGUUCGAAACUGAUAUUAUGGAAUUGCUAAGCGGUCUCUCGCAACUACCCGAUGACACUCGUGUCAAGGCCAGAGAUGUGGCCAUGCAGUGCCUGAAAGCAGCUGAAAAUUAUAAACUUAUAGCUAAAUCAGAAGAAACUGCCACAAUUGAAGAGAUUCCGGAAUAAAUUUAUUAGUAGUACUUUAGUUUUUCUUUUUUUUUUAAACAAAUUUUAUAAAUUUACUACAGUUUUUUUAUGUAAUUGAUUUUUAAAAUGUUUAUUAUUGUAUUUUAACAAAAUUUUGUUUUCAUUAAAAGUUUGUUUACUUUAUUACCAUAAAGCAUAGAGAAAUUUACAUAGAGCGGAAACUCUCUAUUUCUAUUUCUCUAUGCCUAAAGUUUAAUACAUUUUUCGUUUUACGAAGAAUUUCAUAUUUUUUUUUUCAAUAUUUUAUUAUUCAUUUAAAUAUGGCGUACUUAAUAAUCAAAAGUAUUUUUUAUGUGUGUGUUUUUUAUAAAAAAAAUAAAUUAUUAAAAAAUUA